UGUGGCUUUUACGUGCCCUGUGAUAGUUCGUCUAUUUUAAGCUUUAGGUAGAUUUUCUGUCAAACUGCGUUCAAAGAAAACAGAUUUGACGGCAGUAAGUCACAAUACAGCACUUGAAAUAGUUCGGCUUAUCAGUCGCGGAUGUGUGAUUUUGUUUUUGAUGUUUCUUUUAAUUCCUUUUAUUUCUGGAUUGUUUUCUCCCACUAUUUAUGAAGACAACAAAGGUAAACGCUGGGAAUUCGGUUUGGUUUGUGAAAUCUCCUAAACAAGGACGGGGGUUAUUAUUGCUUAUGUCAUGCAUGCAUCCAGGCCCCUCAUCUGUGCUUUGUACAGCCAUCCUGCCAGCGUGCUUCCUAUAGGAGGAGCUUUUGUCUCCCUUUAGUCUGCAUUUCUCUCCACAGUCAUCUGCCUCAGACUUCCCUAUGUUAACUCUUUUGAGCAUGUUUUACUAUAUCUGUCUGCGGCGGCGCUCCAGGAGUGGGACUCGUGGGGAGGCGCUGACCAGUCGUCGGGCUGUGGAGUCGGGCCAGAGGGCAGUGUUGCCCGUCAGUGUGGAGGUGGAGCAGUAUGCCAAGGAGGUGCUGGACUUCAGCUCCCAUUAUGGCAGUGAGAACAGCAUGUCUUACACUAUGUGGAAUCUGGCCGGAGUGCCCAAUGUUUACCCCAGCUCAGGGGACUUCACCCAGACAGCCGUGUUCAGAACCUAUGGCACAUGGUGGGAACAGUGUGCCAGUGCCCCACCACCUUUCAGACGCAUCCCUAAAGACUUCUACAGCCAGGAUUACAUAGAGCUAGCAUUUGAGGAGCCUGUUUAUCCCACCUCUGUAGAAGUGCUUGAGACUUAUUACCCAGGAGCCAUUGUCCAGAUCCUGGCCUGUUCCCACAACCCCUUUUCUCAGAAUCCACCCAUAGAUGUCAGGUGGGAGGUGCUCUGGUCAGGAGAGCCCACCAAAGCACUGACACCUCAAGCACGGCAGUUUGCACCAACUAUAAAACACAUCAACUUCCCCACUAACCUGCUGCGCCUGGAGGUCAAUAGCUCUCUACUGGACUACUACACAGAGCUGGAUGCUGUCAUUCUUCGAGGUGUGAAGGAACGGCCCAUGCUGGCCCUCUAUAAGUUGCCUAUUAUUGACAUUAAUGACCUGAGUGACAGUGAAGAGGAGCUCUCUGAUGCAGGGGCCCCAUUUAGACAAGAGGACGAGAGAACAGGGAAUGGUUACUUUGACAAACUCCCGUAUGAGCUCAUUCAGUUGAUCUUGAGCCACCUGACCCUGCCGGACCUGUGCCGUCUGGCCCAAAGCAGUAAGCUGCUACAGCAGCACUGCUGUGACCCUCUGCAGUACACCCAGCUCAGUCUGCAGCCAUACUGGGCUCGUCUAAACGACGCUUCACUGGGACACCUGCAAAACCGCUGCACUCUGCUCCAGAGGCUCAACCUCUCCUGGACCGGCCACAGGGGGGCUCUCACGCUCACAGGCAUCAGCAGCUUCCUGAAGGCAUGUGGGCAGAACCUGGUGUGCCUAGAGCUCUCGUGCUGUCACUUUUUGAAUGAGGCGUGUUUGGAGGUGGUGUCUCAGACCUGUACACGGCUGCAGGAGCUCAACCUGUCGUCAUGUGACCGCCUCAGCCCUCAGGCCUUUACACACAUCUGUAAAUUUGCUCAUCUGCGCAGGCUGGUCCUCUACAGAACCAAGAUUGAGCAAACUGCUAUCUUGAGUAUCUUGACUUUCUGCGUGGAGCUGAGACAUUUAAACCUUGGGAGCUGUGUGAGGAUUGACGACUAUGACGUUGUUGCCAGUAUGCUGGCCACCCGCUGCCACUCACUCUCCUCUUUGGACCUCUGGCGCUGCCGAAACCUGACAGACAGAGGACUGGCUGAACUCGCCUCUGGGUGCAAGUUGCUGGAGGAGCUGGACCUGGGCUGGUGUCCCACUCUCCAGAGCAGCACUGGUUGUUUUCAGCAGCUGGCCCGGAGUCUGCCCCGGCUCCGUAAACUCUUCCUCACUGCCAACCGCUCCGUGUGCGACUCUGACAUUGAGGAGCUGGCGAGCUGCUGCCCCUCUCUACAACACCUCGACAUACUCGGGACACGUCUAGUGAGCUCUGCUUCGCUGAAGAAGCUCCUCCAGGCCUGUCCUCGGCUGCGGCUGUUGGACGUCUCUUUCUGCUCCCAGAUCGACAUGCGUGUGGUCCAGGAGCUCUCCGGACAGUUCCCCAAUGUUUCCAUAAAGAAGAGCUUUACACAGUGAUCUCAGAAUCUGCCAACAACAGGAGGUUAGUGGAGCAAGAGUGCUUACCAGCUGACACUGCCUGGACAAUGACAAGGCCAGUGGAUGGUUGAGUACCUUGGGUUUUAUAUUCAGUAAUUGAAUGUGAUUGACUCUUUAGAGACAAUUUUAGUAUAAAUAACUGGCUCUAAAAUUAUAUUUUUUUUGUUUAAAGUAAAGGUGAUGGUGAUUUGUCCUGGAAGUAAUUUCACAUUAUUAUUAGGAGCACAAAAGUAAGAAUAGAGAAGCAUGAAAGCACUCAUAAACAGGACAAACAGCUGUGCUUGCAGGUCUUCAGAAGGUGCAACAACUUUAACUUGAUUCAUAAGAGUGAGAUCAAGGCAUUUAUCAACAUUGCAUUCUGUGAUACUGUGGCAGUGUGGAUUUUCAGUGCACCCAAAAUAUGUCUGAAUGCUAUGGCAAACUGUUGAGUUAACCAUUCUCUUGCUUAUUAAAUCAAUCCAAUUCUUGCUGAUUGAAAAUAAAUUGUAUUUAAAAUAUAAUUUUUUGAGUAUGCUGAAAUAAUAAAAAUGGAAAAGUGUGGAAAAGUGGAAUCUGUUUUGCCAGUGAAAUUCAAAUUGAAACACGAUGACACACACAAGUGGCUGUUGCCUUGAUGAUGAUGCACUAGUCACACCCAUUAUUAUUCAUUGGAUUAAAUCAUUUUUAUGAAAAAAAAAGAAUAAAUUAUCAUGGUCAUUACUUUUGUAAUCAAACUAAAAUAAAUUAAUAAACAGGUAACAACAAUAACAGUAUAUCUUUUUAUCUAUAUAAUAAUAAUAAUAAUAAUAAUAAUAAUACAAUUAUUAUUAUUAUUAAGUUCAGAUACUUCAGAUACUUUUGCUACUCUUGCUCAGUCUGUGAAUGCCUUAAAUUUAGACCUUGAUAAACAAAUGGCAAAACUGUUCUUCCAAAGCCAACAGUUUAAACACUAAAGAUGUAUUGUGACUAUUACUCAGGGGUUAGACCUUAUAUUUUGUGUUAUUUUUUUUCUCCUAAAACCAGCACAUUACAGUGACUUGAGUUCACUUUGCGUUUACCUGCUGGCGGAGUGGCAUUACUACAACACAAAGAACAUACACAGGUGUUGAGUUAGCACUGAUUUUAUUAUCAUUGAGUCAAUGUGACUGAAUGUAUAUAAAAAAACAAACAAAACAAAACUUGUUGACUGUUGUAUUAAAAUAUACAACCUCUUUCUUUGAAACACAAAACUUGAAAUGAACUUGAAUUUCUUUUUAGGAAGUUAAAAUGUUUGUGCCUUAUCUUUUGAAUGUGUUGCUUUUGGUGUUGAAAUUGUAGUGCUUUGUUUUAUGCUCUUUAACCAAAGUUAAAUGUCACAUACUGUCUUUCAUCUUUGUGGCUUUGUAUCCAAAAUGAGGUAUAUUUAUUUUUGUGUAAUGAUGCUUUAUUUAAAUCAGUAUUUCAUGUUCAUGUAGAAAUAUAUAAUUUUGUUAUUCUAUUGCUCUUUUGUAAUCUUUGAUUUGACUGAAAUAGCAUUCAAUUCACACUCAACAAUCAACUGUUGAUACUUCUCAAGUAAAAUCAUUUUGGCUUAAGUUUAGAUUGCUUUUUUUUCCCUAAAUUUACCUGCUAGUUGUUGUUAAAAUAUAAAUAUUUAAUUUUUCAGUGGGAAAUGGUUAUAAACAAAGUGGGAUUGGUGGCUGAAUGCUGUAAGCUAAGCCUGGUCCGUAUUUUUCAUGCACAAACAUGAUUAUUUUAAGAAUUUCAAUCACGUCUUGAACCAAAUAUUACUACUAUUUGGUCGUCUCCUUGUAUUUGUAAUGUAUUUAUGCCUAUUGUGAACACAUGUUGUCAUUGGCCUUCUUAUGGUUGCCCACAUGUGUGACUUUCUCUACACUCUAAAUAGGUGAGCCACUGAUUUUAAAUAAAUGGAAAAUGAUGA